UUCUUAUUUCCGUAAACAAAUCAACGAAACUGACGAAAACUCUGUAGCACUUUUAUUUUUAAAAUGAUUCGAUCUAAAUUAUUAAAUUUUAGCAAUAAAAUGGAUUUAUAGUUACAUUUUAAAGAAAAUUAUUCAGAAUAAAUUUAUGCUAUUGUUUUUAACAAUGGCUAUAAGAAUAUCUAAUUAUCAAAACAAUGAAUCGAUAAAUGUUUCAUUACCCCUUAUUUCUGGAGAAAUCAUUGCUGGAAAAGAUAGUAAAAUAAGUAUCAAAAAUCUGACUUCUGCCUCAAAACAAAUUGUUUGGCCUGUUAUCAAUGGAAGAUUUAAAGCCCUCAUUCCAUUAAAACUUGGAAAAAAUGAAAUAGAAUUAAGAUAUAAAAAUUCAAUUAAAUUAUUUUCUUUAAAUUAUAAACCUUUAAUCAAUAAGAGGUUUAUACGUUUGGUGUAUAUUAAAUGUAAAGAUGAUCCAGGUUUGUUCCAAUCUCCUGUUGAGGAAGAUAAUUCUAUUGAUAGUGCCUGUAAACGUAUUUCUCUCGCUGGGCGAAUGCUACAGACAUUUACCUUAGACAAACUUCGUGAACAUAAUCUGAAAGGAAAAUCAUUUAGAUUGGAAGAGAUCAAUGAAGAUAUCAAAUGUCAUGUUUUUACUAGUUCUUUAUCUCUAAAAGAGGCUUAUUGCUUAAACGAACAAGAACUUUGGUCUCAUUUUGCAGUUGAACUUAUGAAUUCUAGUUUAAGAAUUGGAAAUCGAUGCAAAUUUUUAGCAUUUUUGUCUUUUACUCGCUACAUUAAUAAUUCCAAUGAUAUUCCUAAAAAUCACCAAGAAGUUUUGAAUUUGACUAAAGGGCAAGUUGCUUUAGGUGGAGGUGGUCUAGCGCUUUUCGGCUCUGGUUGCUUACAUACCUGGCCAGAAACAAUUCAAGAAAUACCUUGGAGAUUUGGGGACAAUCGAAAAGUUGAUAGGAUGAAAUUAAUGGACGAUAGUGCUAACAGAGGAUUUUAUUGGGCCUGCUACUCUACUGGACUUGGAGCUGCAUUACAUGAAUUAGGUCACACUUUUGACUUAGGGCAUACACAUGGUGGAAUUAUGGGAAGAGGCUUUGAUGAUAUUCACAAGUACUUUAUAAUAGAUAUGUUUUACAAAAAUCAUAUCUUCCAACAAGAACAUAAUCCAUAUUAUCAGCCGUCCAAUCAUGACUGCACAGUGGAAUUGACUUUAACAUCCCCUACUUCUGUAUCUGAACCUGAUGAAAAAUAUUUGGCAGAACUUUCGAAAGUAGCAGUAUCAUCUGAUUUACCUGACUUUUCAAGUGAUCAAACAGCUUGGAAAUUACCAAACCCGCCAGACACUGAUGUAGAAAGGGGAAGAUUAGCUGUCAAUGUUGGAGGAGCAUACUGGAGUAGAUCCUCUGCCUUAAUUUUAUAUUUUCACAAGUGGUUUAAUGAUGUUGAAGA